UAAAUCCCUGGAUUUAAGUUCCAUUAGCCCAGAAUAUUAGAUUAAAGGGUACUCGGCGAAUCCAUUGCCAAUAAAUAAUUCAUCUGAAGCCGUGACUGAAGUCGAGCAACAAGAAGAUGAUCCUGACAAGUGGCAGGCGCCUCAAGACUUUAGUCGGCCGCACAUUUUCCUACCUAGUGCUGACAUGGUGCAUCUUGAUACUCAUCAUCAACAGGUAUUUGGGCACACACAUUACAAGGGGAGGCUCUCACUUAUCAGCAGAAUCAAAAAUUUUUGAAGGCAAACUCUUGGUUGACAACUCACCCGCUCUGUCCGACUUGGAAUUCGCCACAAUGCUACAAAACGAAAUACCCAAUUUGCCUCUUAGAUACUGGCAAACCUUGAAAAACGAUUUGCCCGCCAUGAAUAAAAGUUGUGCGAAGUUCCCUUCCAUCUUGGAUUUAAGAUUUAAUAAUAUCUACUGGCAAACUUUGGAAACCUCAAAUGGAACUUUCUACCUCUACGGGGCAUACUAUGAUAACCGAACCUUAGAAGCUAAAGCACCUGUUGUGAGGAUACUUGGAAUGAUCAACAGACUUAAGCCACAAGUGCAGACAACUUGUCAGCUGUGGUUUAAAGACUCCAAAACCCCUGUCUUCACAAAGGUUUAUGAAUACAAGUACAUAUGGGUCGGGCAGUGGGGAAAUCAUAGGGAUGGACUUAUUCAGCCCUACCUGAUAUCGUGUCAAAUUCCAGUUGAAUACCGCCAUCUUGUGCCUGAAUCGGUGUCACUUGUUGAAAAUCCUUGCGAUAUGGCCGUCAUUAAUUUGAGAGUAAUUAACAACGUACCUGAAAAUGGAGAGAAGAAAGAAUUUGCCGUUUGUGUGAAGGGUCUGGAUUACCUAAACGCGGAUUUAAGUGUGAGGCUCGUGGAAUGGUUUGAGAUCUUACAUCAUCUGGGUGCCGAUAAGAUAUUCCUUUACGAAUUUGAGGUUCAUCCGAACAUCACAAAAGUUCUGAAUUAUUACAAAAAACGUGGUAUGGUGGAGGUAACUCCAAUCACUCUGCCGGCUUACCAACCCAACAUCAAAGGACUCAGACACAUUUACGUCAAGAAAAAAGUUACCAACAAACGUCAAAACGAGCUUAUUCCUUACAACGACUGUCUGUACAAGAACAUGUACAGGUAUAAGUACAUAACUCUGCUUGACAUUGACGAGGUUAUCAUGCCCAAAGGAGUUAAUAUGCUUUGGAAGGACCUAGUUGAAAACGUUUCUAAAAAAGUUCCCAAAGGGGAAAAGUUAAAACGUUCAUCGUACGUGAUUCGCAAUGUUUAUUUUUUCGACACUCUACAUACGAGCGAUAAGAAUCCCACACUCUUCGAUGAAAUCCCUCGUUACAUGCACAUUUUCCAACAUGUACAUCGUGCAAUGAACCAUACAAAGCCAGGAUAUUAUAUCAAAGCUUUCCAUAAUCCGCAACGUGUAAUGACUUUACACAACCAUUAUCCACUUGCUUGCAUUGGUGGGUCUUGUUCACCAUUCUCCAUAUCUACCGAAGACGCGCAACUCCAACACUAUCGCGGAGAUUGUGUGGCGGAUCUCAAGAAAUCGUGCGACUAUUUCAAGAACUACACCGUGCGCGACGAAACGAUCUGGAGGCACAAAAGUCCCAUCAUAUCCAGAGUUACAGAAACCCUUCAUAACUUGGGGUUCUUCUCCUGAACCUCUAGUCUCAGCCAUGAAGGGUUACAUCUACUUAGUACAGGUAACAAGAAGAAUGCUUUUGGUAAUUCUUCGAGCAACAAUCUUGUUAUCAUCGAAGACAUAAACAUCGUCGUUGUUGCAAAGCGAGUGCGAUUCAU